AUGUCAUCAUUACCUACAUAUGAAACAUUGAAAUUAAGUCAACCGAAACCUUAUGUAACUCUUGUUGAGUUAAAUCGAAUGACGAAACUCAAUGCUAUGAAUCAACAAUUAUUCGAUGACUUGAAAGCAUGUUUUGAACAAUUAAACAUUGAAAAGAGAUGUCGAGUUAUAGUAUUGACUGGUUCUGGUAGAGCAUUUAGUACUGGUAUUGAUAUUAAAUAUUUAUCAAAUGUUGCUGCUGAAUCUGCUGAAAUCGAUGAUAUAGCACGAAAAGCAUUACAUGUUCGAAGUAUGAUACAACGAACACAAGAAUCUAUAAGAGCAGUUGAUAAAUGUGAAAAACCAGUAAUAGCUGCUAUUCAUGGUUAUUGUAUCGGUCUGGUAUUAAAUAACGAAUAUAUAUGCUUGCAUCUUGAGGAAGUCGACAUAGGUUUAGCAGCUGAUGUCGGUACUCUCCAAAUUUUACCUAAAUUAAUUAACGAUCAUAGUCUCUUCCGUGAACUUGUUUUAACAUCACGAACAUAUGAUACUAACGAAGAACAACAAAUUGGACUUAUUAGGUAA